GGAUUUUCAAUGACGAAUUUUCCGAGAUCGAAUACAGAAUUCUAUAAAAAGGGUGAAUAAACACUUUAGCAUCACUUCAUAUUACGAAGACGAAGAAGAUUCGGGAAACAAAAUCAUGAAAACUGUAAUUAUUCUAGCUUUGGUAGCAUUAUUUGUUGCUGAUGUCUCAGGAGGAUGGGGAAGCUUUACAAAGGCCAUGAAAAAAGCAGGUUCAACGGUGGUCAAAGCAGUGAAAAGUCCAACUGGUCAAACAAUAAUAAAAACAGGACUACGAAUGGCUCUAGGUGAUGUUCAUGCAAUUAGAGAAAUGAACGACAAUGAAAUCAGUCAAAUGUUUGACGCAAUUCAAAUGAUCAGAGAAAUGGACGACGACGAAUUCCUCACCUUCGCAAAAGCAGCAAGCCUGGAAGAUUUUGAAUAGGGAGUGACAAAUGGAGUGACGACGAAGAGUGAAAGAAUAUCUGUCAUAAUAUUAAUUUGCCAAACACAUCUUGUCUAAUCAUUAUAUAUAUUUUAAAUAAGUUGACAAAUAACAAAUAUAAAUUACCAAUAUUGAUUUCGUUUUGUUAGCUGUUGUUUUGUCUCACUCUUUGUUGUUUAAAUAAAUGAAAAUAAUCUGAA